AUGAAAGAACCAGAAGAAAUCGAUUGCUAUCGAGUUCUGAAAGUGUCUAAAGGCGCAACGCUCCUUGAUAUCAAGAAGUCGUAUCGUAAACGCGUUUUGGAAACUCAUCCGGACAAAAACCCGGGCGCAGAAACGGCUCCAUUUGUCAAGGUCCAAAGCGCAUGGGAGAUUUUGAGCAAUGUGUCGAAACGAUAUUGUUUCGACUGCAAAUACGACAGAAUUAAGAGGGAAUGGGACAAAUACGAGGAGGUUUGCGUGCGCUCGAAAAAGACGACUGGAACACAGAAGCCCUAUACAGAAAAAGAUGUCCGCGAAAUAUUAGAAAGGCUGCGGCGCAAGAAUGAAGAAGCCGACGCUCUUCGCAAACGAGAAGAUGAGAGACGAGCCCGAGAGAAGCGGCAGCAGGAAGAAGAACGGAGGAAAAUGGAAGAAAGGAGAAAAAUGGAAGAACGGAGAAAAAAGGAAGAACAGGAACGAAAGAGAGACGAAAACAAAUACCCCCGCAACCAGGACACCUUCGACUUCAGGGAUAUGAGAGACGUUCUUGAUGAUAUCGAGGGACUGAGAUGGGGCCGCGCAGAGAAGCCCCGCGCAACACGACUACCGACCCCGUCUCCAAGGCGAAAUGAUCGCAGUUACUGCCACCACGACCGCUGGUGGCCGUACGUCUAUGGCGCUGGAUUGUGCCAGUAUUGCGAUCGGUACUGCCCGCAUUACUUGCUGGGCUGCCCAAGUUGCGAUGCUCGAGCAUGCGUGCCGUGCAAGAUUCGGGAGACUAGCUAUUGA